UUCAGAGGAUCAGUUUCAUGUGAUUUGAAUAUUACCAACAACUAGGUUCAUAAAAAUUGACAGAAAGCAUACUUGAGUUAGGAAUGUUUAUCCCAGACUGAGCUUCAGCUCAGUGCAAUUGACCAAUCAGAGCCCGUCUUUCAUAUGGGACUGUAUAACAUUAUUUCGCGCCAUUUUGAUUCAAAGAAGUGGGCCAAGAUUAUUUACAUGUCCGUCGUAAUCACUGAAAAACACGUCUAAUUCUGACAACGGCAAGGGCACAGCGCGGUCAUCGGGGCUCGGACUAGCUACCUCAUCUAGAGAGGGUGCUGUGGUGAGGUAAAGUUGAGAAGAAUCGGACCAGCAACACAUGCAAAAAGAUUUCAGCCAUGCCAUCCCGAGGCCGACCUCACCUGAAGGUGGUGUACCCUGAGGGGGUGAAGGAGCUGACAGAAGAUCUGCAUAAGGAUGAGCUCAUCAGGAGACUCAAGGUUCUGGCCAAAACGUUUGCGGACAUGGACCAGGACCAGGAGGAGGAGAAGUCGCGCUACGAGCCGCUCUCGCUCCACAUGGCGUCAGAACACUUCCUGCACCAUGAGAGCAAAGACGUGAAACUCAUCGUCGGCUGCUGCAUAGCCGACAUCUUCCGCAUCUACGCGCCUGAGGCACCGUACAAGGACCCCAUACAGAAGAAGGAAAUUUUCCUGUUCCUUAUCAAGCAGCUAAGGGGCCUUGAGGACAUCAAUGGAGCUCUGUUUAAGAGAUACUUCUACCUCUUGGAGAACCUGUCGUGGGUGAAGUCGUUCAACAUCUGUUUUGAACUGGAGGACUGCGGAGAGAUCUUCAACCAGCUGUUUGAAACUCUCUUCAGUAUUGUGCAUCGUGGCCACUCCAACAAGGUCCGUACCUUCAUGUUGGAUAUGAUGUCCCCUAUCAUCACCGAGGGAGACUCUGUGUCCCAGGACCUGCUGGAUAUCAUUCUUAUGAGGAUCAUUGAGCCUCAGAAGAGCAAGUUUCCUGAGGCAUAUGAACUGGCCAGGGACUUGAUCAAACGCACUUCACAAGCCAUCGAACCCUACAUCCAGACAUUUUUCAACAAUGUCCUUGUGUUGGGGAAGACGUCUGAGAGUGAUGCGUCAGCCCGGAUCUACGACCUGAUCUACGAGCUGAACCUGAUCGCACCUAAUGUCCUGCUGUCUGUCCUGCCACAGCUCGAGUUCAAGCUCAGGAGCAAUGAUGGUAAUGAGAGGUUGAACGUGACCCGUCUGCUGGGCCGCAUGUUCUCAGACAAGGAGUCACAGCUGUCCUCACAGAACAAACCACUGUGGAACUGCUACCUGGGAAGAUUUAAGGAUGUGAAUGUGGCUGUCCGUGUGGAGUGUGUAAAGUUUGCAGCCAAGUUACUCAUCAACCACCAGCACAUGAUGGAAGAAGUGACAGAGCAAUUGAAGGCACGUUGCCACGACCCUGACGAGAGUGUACGUUACGAGGUGGUGUCGUCCAUCAUCAAGGCGGCCAAGGAGAGCCUUCGCAACGUGACCCGCGAGCUUCUGAGUCUGGUACAGGACAGGAUGCUGGACAAGAAGUUUAAGAUCCGUCGUGAGGCAAACCAAGGCCUGGCACUGAUCUACCGCGAACACUGCACCACGCCGGGACAGGAGGACGAGAUGAUCAGCUGGAUCAAGAACAAACUCCUGCACGUGUACUACCAGACCAGCCCUGAGGACAGACUGUUGGUGGAACAUGCUGUGACCCACUGCCUGGUACCUUACAUGAUGGACACCAAGGUUAGGAUGAGACGACUCUUCAGGCUGUACGCAACACUGGAUGAACAUGCCGUCAAGUCGUUGAAUGAGGUGUUUCGGAGCCAGCACAUGCUGCGUAACCACAUGAAACAACUCCUGGAUCUGCUGGCAGAUGAGGAAACCGAGGCCGAGGAAAAAGACAAAAUGAUUGCUGCAAAGACCAAUCUUCUCGCAAGGAGCCUGUCGGAGCCUUCAAAGGCCCACGAACAAGUGAAGAAGUUUGUGGACAUCCUGGGUAAAGAUGAGCGCAUCUGGGGCUUCAUGGGGACACUGGUGGACCCAAAAUGCACCUGUGAGAAGGCACCAGAGACUAUGAGAGAGAUUCAGAAGAAGAUUGGUCACUUUGGUCAGAAGGGCCCAGCCAGCCCGUUCUACGACACGGUGAAGAAUCUCCUGGAGAAGGUGUCCCCACUCAUCAUAGACCCGUCUGCCGUGGACCAGCUCUUCAAGCUGCUGAACGACACCAUGGAGGGGCUUGGAGACGAGGACCUGGGAGACCUGGGCCAGGAGAGGGGCCUGCAGCUCAUUCUGAUGCUGUCUCCAAUUUACCCUGAAUCAUUCCAGUCCCAAGACAUCUUUGGACAACUCCUCUCUUACCUAAAGAAGGACAACAAUAUAGUUGUGGAUACAGCCCUACAGAUCUUCAGCAACACUGGGGCAGUCAUCGAGGAGGGCUUCCCUCAGAUAAAGUCGGCCCUUCUCCCCGUGCUGUCGGUAAAAGCGAAGACGGGCACCCCACGCCAGGCGAAACACGCCAUCCGCUGUAUCAACACCAUCUUCCCUGGAGUCAGGGACAGCAUCUUCAAUCAGAUAUUUGAGCAACUGAGGAAGAAGCUGUCCUUCAACUCUGACAACUUCCUGACGGCGCUGACGUCCAUCGGCCACCUCGCCCUGCUGGCACCGGAACUCUUCUCACAGCAGAUGAAGAACUUUGUGGCCAAGUUCAUUGUCAAAGACCUCCUCAUGCAGGACAGGAAAAAAGGCAAAGUGACCACGUCUACCUGGUGUGAGGAUGAUCAGGUGUCAGAAGAAUCCCAGGCAAAGAUCAUCGCCCUGAAGCUGAUAGUGAACUGGCUGCUGGGUAUGAAGAGUAAUGAGAACUCCUCCUGUACCUCCACCUUCAGACUGCUCCACGCCAUGAUCAAGAACAGGGGAGACCUCAUGCAGAAGGGCUCUGUCUGCCUGCCUGAGCGAGCCCACUUGCGGCUGGCAGCCGGCUGUGCCGUCCUGAAGCUGGCCCAGGAGAGAGUCUUCUCCGACCUGCUGUCCCUCGAACAGUUCCAGAUGGUGGCUUCACUCAUAAAUGACUCAUGUCUGGAGGUUCGUCAGAAGUUCACCAACAAGCUGCACAAGGGCCUGAUGCGUCUGCGCCUGCCCCUGGAGUACAUGUCCAUCUUCUCACUGGCCGCUCGCGAGCAGCACCCCGGCCUGCGCAGGCAGAUCAAGGCCUGUAUCAACAAGAACAUCGCACAGAGGAGGCAGUACAUCGUCCAGCAUUCAGGAGCACAAGCCAAGCUGAUGUCCCUGUUGCCAGACUACGUCGUGCCUUACACCAUCCACCUACUGGCACAUGACCCACGCUUUCGCGACCGCCAGAAGGUGGAACAACUCAAGGAUAUCAAAGAGUGCCUGUGGUUUAUUAUGGAGCCCCUCAUCAUGCGCAGUGAGAACCAAAACUACAUCUUUGUCAAGAAGCUGAUCGAGGUCAUCAAAAGCACCAAGGAUGCCCAAUGUCCGGACAAACAGGAUGCCAACGAGAAAAUGUAUGCUGUGUGUGACCUGGCACACAACCUGUUGGUACUGAAGGCGACAAACGUGACAUGGAAGGAGCACCCCGUCACCCCCGAUCUACCCUCCAAACUCUUCACCAAACCUGACCUGACACAGACGCUGAAUACCAAGUCUUACCUACCCACAAACUUCCAGUGGACACCCAAGAAAAAGACCGGUGUGGCAGCGUUGAUAGACAAGGACAGUCCCCUUCCCAGAGCUGGACCAAAGACAGCGUCAUCCGAGCUGCCAGGCAAGAGGAACGGACCCACCAAACAACAGAGAGCAGCAAAGGAAGCGUCAGAGACGGCGAAGAGAACGCAGCGAUCAACGGAGACUGCCGAUGUACAGGAGAGGCCAAGAGGGCCAGGUCGAAGGGCGCAGGGGAACAAGAAUGAGGCUGCCAAGAAGGGGACUCAGAGGAAGAGGACUUCAGAGCCAGCAGAGGAAGAGGAGGAGAGUCCUGCAAAGAGACCAAGAACGGCAGCCAAACCAGCCGCAAAAACAAGACUCAGGGGAGGGACAGACAGUCAGGAGGAGGGCAGUGGAAGUGACACAGAAGAGUCGGGUCCAUCCAAGAAACCUCGCAAGGCACCAGCCAACAAAUCUGCUGCCGCGGAACGGAGGAAAUCCAAUGAAAACGUGACGCCGGUGGCGACCAGAACGUCCCCCAGGAAGCAGCCCUCCACCCGCACGUCCCCCAGAAAAGCCAGCCUAUCAGGGACCAGCAGAAGUCGUGGCACCGCCCUUCCCACGCCCUCCGCUGUGGAGGUGGUGUCAUCUUAA